UGAUACUGACAUUAAAUGUGGCUCGAGCAACGGCAUUUACCAGCCUACCUGUGGAUUCCGUAGGUACAAUGUACCCGAUGCCCAAGUUCCAUGCCCCCGAAUCUCUGAAAGCAUGAUCAAGAGUUUCACAAUGCGUCUGACAAUCAGAUGGCACUUGCAGAUAACACCCAAGCGACUGUUACCGUGUAAAAAACCGAUCAGCAAGUCUAAACGCGACGUGUAAACCACCCGAUGCGAUAAUCGCAUCCUAUACGAGAAUUCGCGAUUGGGUAAACGAAGAGGGCGGUUCGGCAGUGAAUAGAGAAUGUGUCGGUAGUCAGGUUGAAAUAUGCAUAUCAGUGACUAUAAAUUGACGGUAUCUGAAUUAACUGGUCAGUUUUCAGAGAAAAGUCUUAAGUCAGAGAAAAUUAAUUGGAGAAAAUUGAAGUUAGAUACAAAAUGACUUUAUCGUUGAACCCUGACAGUAGCAGCGUCACCAUAACGAUGUACAAAUAUAAUUUGUCAUUUCUUGGCGUAUGGCCCUUUCAAAAGAAGGGAAUACGUUACACGAUCCACUUGGGACUCAUCCUUCUUACUCAGGUGACGUUGGCCAUACCAGAGUACAUCGAUUUGGCACUGAACAUUGGAGACGUGGACAAAACGAUCGAGAAUCUCACCUGCCUCGUCACGGUGAACAUGGUGAUCGUCAAGCUGAUCAUUAUGCAUAUUCACAGGGACAGUAUGGUUUCGUGCGUGAAUUUGGUGGUGGCUGAUUGGGACAGGAUUCAAAGCGCCGAGGCUCGCAGGACGAUGAAGAGACACCGAUCUUGGAGCAAGGCUGUCUUUCUCGCCGCGAUGGCCUUGCUGUACGUCAGUUAUGCCUUGUACAUUGUCCUGGCGGUUACCGUGACGGCUACAUCCAACUGCAGUGGAAGUAACGCGAAUGGAUCGUGCAAAAUGCUUCCGAUGCGAGCUAAUUACCUGGUCAACACCGAUUUAUCACCGCUAUACGAAAUCAUUGUAGUCCUGCAGAGUGUCCAGGGAAUGAUCACAUGCACUGCGAACUACGGAGUUGAUACCUUUAUGUUUUUCCUUACGAUGCACGUUUGUGGACAGUUGGAAAUUCUUCAGAUUAAUUUGCGCCGCUUCGUGUCAGCAGAUGCUCCUCGGCCUAACAUUUUAGAUGCAAGAAUUUUUCGAAAGAAGAUACGCAUCUUAAGCAAACGUCACUGCGAACUAGUUGAUUUUUCCUUACAUAUCGAGGAAACUUUAAACGUCAUCAUACUUGGACUAUUACUCUUCAGUUCCGUCCUGAUCUGUCUAAUAGGGUUCCGGUUCAUUUUGAGCGUUGAAAACGGAGAUCUGUUUGGUGCAGGAAAGUACAUGUCGUACCUGACCGCGAUACUGGGGCAGUUGUUCCUCUACUGCUUCGCCGGUGACUACCUUCAGAGUCAGAGUCUCGGCCUGGCUUCCGCAGCCUACGAAACUCACUGGUACAACUUGCCCCCAGAUAUUGCCCGCGACCUUCUCUUCGCGAUGAUUCGCGCCAAGAACCCGUUACGUAUAUCGGCGGGAAAAUUCUUCUUCAUGACACUCGAGAGUUUCAAGGUCAUCUUGAAAACUUCAGCGUCUUACUUGUCCCUCCUCCGCGUUAUCGUGGAGCGAUCUGCUUACAAGCCGAAAUACUUCUGACGCCAGUAUUGCACUUGCAAGAUUGUACUGGGCGAUUGUUUCUUAUUCUCGUAGUCCCGUGAAUUACAGUAAUCUGAACACAGUGUAUUGCAAGUGAUUGUAAUUGAUUAGUGUAGAAGAUAAAACACAAGUACAUUACGUCAGGUUGAUAUUAUUUAAUAAACAUUUCAAAAUCGAGUCAUAGUUAUAGCACCCAAGUGUUUCUCGUCUUAUAAGUUUUGGAAAACUUGUUCCUUCUUGUUUGAUAGUUGUCAAAUAUUUUGUGCAACACUUAAACUGUGGGAAACGUGCCUUUUUUU